CCCCCGUUCUUUCCCCCACUCAGACAAAUUUUCUCCGGCCUUCCGCUCAACUGUUCACUUCAUGUUCUUUCUCUCCACUCAAGCGCUCUCUAUCUGGCGGCGCGACCCAUUUGUUCUUUUGGAUCUUUCCUUGUGUAACGGGCAUGUCGCACUACUGCUGAGGCUAUAUUGAUCUCACCUAUAAGUGAACAAUAUGCGGUGGAUUAGUUUGUCCAUUGAUGUGUUUCGUCAAGUUAUCUCCUUGAAUUUGUAUUGUAGGGUUAUUCUGUAAAUGAUCUCAGUUGUCCUUAUUAAACCAGAAUUACCUCUUGAUUCUUUUGAUCUCGUUUAACAAGAUUUCAAUGGGGUCCAAUCACUUCUCUUUCAUUGCUUCUAAUAUCUAUAUGAUCAGCUGAGAAUUAUUUAUGGUCUUAAGCAGUUUUAAGUUCAUUCCUCUGACACCUCGUCUCUUGCCAGUACAUCUUGUAGUUCCUUCAGAUUUGAUUUUGAAACUGAUUCAAGGUGCAAAAGAAAUUAUGGUGUGCCAAGCAGCAAGCCAGACAAGAUUCCGGGCUUUAAAACAUGAAAAUGGCAUAGCAGGGACACCAACCAUUGUAGUUAGGGUGAUAGCAUGCUUUCAACCUUUGCAAAAUUGUCAGGCUGAGUACUUCCGUCACUUGCUUAAACCAGUUACGUAGAUUGAUAGUACGUUUUCAAUAGUACGUGAGGCUGGAGUUUGAAUAUUUUGAUUCAUUAUUUUGGUUUCUAAAAGUGUGGACGUUGAAGAUUCAUUACAAUCAGUUUUCUGAUUAUUGAAUUAGCUGGAUGUUUACAGCCUACGAUUUUCAGCAUUCUCAGCACCAUUAUCUGUGGGAUUCUCCUCGCUCAAAUGACAGUACUGCUGUUCCAGAUACAGGGACUUCAGCUUUUGGGCUUCUUCAUUUUAAAACGGACCAACUUGAUGGAGUUCGGGGACCUUUCCAAUGGUUGCCUCCUCAAAAGGAGAGCUCGUCUCCCACAGCAGCUCCACAUUUUGAAGAAUCUCAACGUGCUUUUGGUCAUGGACAUGGUGUCGAACCUACAUUCAAGGAUGUAUCUGCAUCCGCUCAUAAGAAGUUUCUCAUUUUUGAUCAAUCUGGGGAUCAAGUUAGAUUGAUCUCGAGAUCUUUUCGUUCACCUUACCAAGAUCAGAUUAUCAUGCCCAUGACACCAGUUGAUUUUCACGAUUUGCAAGGUGAAGCAGGACAAUCACAGAUAAUGAAGCCUCCUCCGCAUACUGAGCACCAUCCGCAUACUGAGCACCAUGUAAAGAGUGAAGGAGGUGACAUGCGUGAGGACACAGAAGAAAUCAAUGCGUUGCUCUACUCUGAUAGCUUCCCUGGGAAUGAUGAUGAUGUUGAUGGUGAAGAUGAUGACCUGACUAGCACCGGGCAUUCACCUUUUACAAUCAUAGGUGGCAUCGAGAUGCAUGAGAAGGUUUGGGAACUUACUGAGGAAGUUGGUAGCACUGAUGGUUCAACUAAAAGGCAUAAAUUGCUUGAUGGUGGUUACAAGAAAUCAUCGUUAGUGGACACUGCAGAUCCAUUGAAAUUGGCUAAAUUUUGCAAUGAUGAUAACCAUGUGGAGACAAAUUGUGCCAAAGGUGGGGACCUCAAUGAGGAGAUGGACUCCAAUAUCAACACAACGCAAAAGCGGGCCAAAAUUUGCAAGACGUUGAGAAUUCUUGAAAGUAUAGUUCCUGGAGCAGAGAAUAAAGAUCCAAUCUUGAUCAUUGAUGAUGCAAUAAAUUACUUGAUAUCAUUGAGGGAGAAAGCUGAAGCUUUGGGCUUGGCCACCCUGAAGUGCAGUGCUCCCGUCAACAGUAGUACAUUUCGGGUGCUUUUUUACUGAGGCAGUACGAUCAAGGGAUAAGUUGAUCUCGUCUCUUUUGACUGAAAGGGAUGGAUAGGUGGUUUUUGCUGUGUGAAGCUUUUGUGAUCUUGUUAAAGCUAUAGUGCAGUUUGCUUUAAAAAGCCAAUAGAGGAAAAGCUUAAUGAGGUGAAAAUUUUCAUCUUUGCUUACAGGAGGUGAAGAAAACUGGGGCUAUAAUUGCCGGGUAGAAAUGAUUGUUCAUUUGCU